UAUCUCUUUUUUCGCCAUUCGCCAAGACACUAUCAUUGUUCGAUCAUAUCUGAACCGGGAUGCGAAGCGUCUAUAAAUUUACAGCCGGGGUGCAACAUCACAGUCAUCCCUUUGCUCGGAGAUACAGAACUUCCUGCAAUCUUGGAAAAGAAAAGAUGACGCAGCCUUACUAUCGGGACAACAUUGGCGCCUCGUAUGACGGCGCGGGCGGCAGCUGCAACACUGGUGCGGCCUUUGCGUCCGGCUUCAGGGGCGGGUUCAACACCGGCGCCGAAUAUCGGAACGGUGCAGGAGGCUGCUCCAACACGGGCGCGGCCUAUGAUGGCUCUGAUGUCUGGGGCAGCAACAACCUUGGAGCCCACUACGCUGACGGCUCAGGUGGCGGCCACGGCAACAUCGGCGCCACCUACAAAGGUGGCGCAACUGGCGGCGGCAAUGUCGGUGCCUGCUUCGGGGGCAAUCCUAGCCGUCUUGGUGCUGGCCGCGGCGGUUAACGGAACCCCCGUCAGGGGGUUUGAGGCAGUCUGGGACGGCGUUGUCGGAUCCAACUAUCUCGACCGACGGGCCUCCCGCUGCUAUCAGAUAAACCUUGAGCCACCGUGUAUUAUGGUUCCAUAUAUAGUUAUGUAUCCAUGCUUGCUAUUGGCGAAUAAAUAAGGCUCUUCCUAAAGUUCGUUUCCGCAGUUCA